UCUCACAAAAAGAUUUUACAUAUCUGAUUAAAGCAUUUGAAGUUAUAAAACGUUUUGAUGCAGCUGAUUAUUUGAAAGAACAUCCCUAUUCAUAUUUACCAACUAAUACAAGUACACUAAUAACACCGUACCACCGACCUCCUUCACUUGUAGAUGAACUUAUAUGUGUCUAUGCCGAAGACGAUAAAAUUCCUUUUGGUAGAUGUUCAAAAUGGUCUCGCGAAGCUAUUACUGUAGCAGGUGAGUUAGCUUGGCCAACACGUCUGUCUAUUGAUUCUCGUAAUAACGAUAUUUAUAUGGCUGAUAUUUCGACUCAUCGUAUCGUUAAAUACACUUCAUCAAAUCCAACAGAUAGUGUUACAAUCCUAGCGGGUCUUAAUCGUGUAACAAGUAUUUUCCUAGAUAAUGACGACCUUUACAUUGCGUCAUUGAACAGUUCUUAUAUUGAAAAAUAUAAUAUAAAAACUAAGGAACGAACAAUCGUCACACGCAAUAUUAAAAUUGGUAAAUGUUAUGGUCUAGCUUUGGAUCAUUGUAAAAAUCUUUAUGUAUCGGAUUUUGAGAAUCAUGUGAUAUGGAAAUUCCCUCAGGGUAUAGUUGUUGCUGGAAUUCGAGGAAAACCUGGACAUACGGCGAAUCGUUUGCAAGGACCGAGAGGAAUCUAUGUAACUGAUAAUAGCGAGUUGUAUGUUGUUGAUUCAAUAAAUCAGCGCGUACAAAAAUUCCUGAAUAAGUCAACAAGUGGAACAAAUGCUCUUACGAUAGUUAGUAGUAGUUCAUUAGAUACGUCAGACUCAAUUUUGGUUGAUAGAGAUGGAACAGUUUACGUGUCCGAGGUGAUGAAUAAUAGAAUACAAAAAUGGACGGUGAAUGCAAAAGCUGGAAUUACAGUCGUUGGAGGUCCUAUUGCUGGUAAUGGUCGUGAUCAAUUGAAUGAACCGCACGGUAUUCUAUUUGAUUCGAAAACGGGUGAUCUGCUAGUUGUUGAUCAAAAAAAUAAUCGAAUACAAAAAUUCAUACAUCAGCAAAAUCAAUGUAGUAAGCAGUCGCUAUUUUUAUAG